UUACCGAGACAGGUUUUACAAAAGUUUUUUAUCAAUCUGGGAAAAUAUAGAUGAGAACGAUUUGUGCUUGGCAUCUGUAUGCGUUAGAUGUUUUUAAAAAGUUAAAUUAAGAUCAAUUUUGAUAUAAAAAGAGCUAUAUUUCCCGCAGGCCGUUAGUUUACCAUUUAUCCCGCAAUUUGGGUUUGAAAUCCGCCAGAUCUAGCCGGCAAAAAGCUAAAUUGGCAACGCUGGUAAUAGAGUGCAUGUUGAGCCGGCAAUAAUUUUAAUUUAAUAAAAUGGACCUACACACGCUGCUGCAACGUGCCCAGAACCUGACGAAUGAGGCCAAAGCGGAUUGCGAACUGCCUCCGGUGGAGAGGACGCUCCAGCAGGUCCUGCAGGCCACCAACGAGCUGCAUGCGCGCGUCACACAAACAGGCGGGAAGGAGAUUCAGGCGCACAUCUUGCUGGGCUCCAAGGGCGUGGACCUGCCCAAGCUUAACCAGAAGCUGGAGGCACUGAGUGCACGCAAAACCUUCGAACCCCUGGACGUGGUGAAGGCCGACACAGAUGUGUGCACCUUUCUCAAGACCGAGCGCGAGAAUGCCAUUCUCUCGGUUAUCGAGGACACUAACAAGAAUAUCAGCGACUCGGUGAGCAAGCAGAAGUGGGCCACCAUGAACAGCGUGUGGAACGAGGAGAAGACCCGGUUGCUGGACGCCCUGGUGGCUCCCUCCCAGAACUUUAUCGACCUUCAGCGCCUGCCCGAGCCCACCAUUUUGAAUCAACACUGCCAGCCGCGUUCCUACCUCGACGGCAUGGAACUUUUGUACGCCCAGGAGAUUCGUCAGUACAAUGAGCUGCUGCUGAAAGGCAGCAACCGUCCAAACCUCGUGCAGAAGUUCGCCCAACUUUCCAGCAGUUUUCGGGAUCCGCAGCUCACGGACAUGUGGACCCUUUUGGCCUGUGUCACCCAAGUGACCGAACCGCUAAAUUGCGAUCCGGUCAAAACCCGUCAACAGCGACCAGAGUUCGUGGCCCAUGCAAAGUCCUACUUGGAGCGGCGUUACAAGCUAUACAUGUCGUCGCAGGCAGGUGGCUGUUCUUCCAGCUCACAGCUAGUACUGGCCUACGUGUGCCACCGGUUCAGUCCCCAGCAGACCAUUGGCCUCGUGGAUACGGUGGGCGGCAAGCCCCUGUGGCCGCUUGUCUACUACGGUCUGCGCUGUGGAUCCACCGCGACGGCGGUCACUUUCCUGCGGGAGGCGGGAGCCAGUCACGACGACUUUGCGCAACUGAUUGAGGACAGGAAUGCGGGUGAGAGUAAUUCCCGGAUCGAGAGCCAGCUGAGACUGCAGUACGCCAACAAGAUUCGCAACUCCACGGAUGCGUACAAGAAAGCCGUUUACUGCAUUCUUCUGGGCUGCGACGUCAACGAAGUGCACGGUGAGGUGGCCAAGACCAUUGACGAUUUCCUGUGGAUCCGGCUCUCCAUGCUUCGUCCUGGUGACGCCGUCGGCUACGGUCAGCUGCAGACGCUGAUUCUGGAUAAAUACGGCGAGAAGUACUUUAAUGCUAGCCAGCAGCCGUACCUCUACUUCCAGACCCUCGCCCUCACGGGGCAGUUUGAGGCCUCCAUCGAGUUCAUGGCUCGGCGGGACAGCACCCGUGUCCAUGCUGUCCACAUGGCCAUAGCCCUGCACGAGUUGGGCAUGCUGGGCGGAGCUCGCAGCGUUUCGCAGCCACUGCUCUCCAUCGAUAUCGUCGAUCCGCAGCCAUUGCGUCGCCUAAACCUAUCUCGUCUCAUCCGGCACUAUGUGCAGCGUUUCGAACGCACGGACACCACGGAGGCCCUGCACUAUUACUACACUCUGCGGUGCUUAAGGGAUCCCAAGGGACGAAACAUGUUCCUCACGUGCGUCUGCGAUCUGGUGGUGGACAGUGGUGUCUUGGACACCUCCAGAUUCGACCUAAUAUUCGGCCCGCGGCAGGCUGAGGUUGACCAGGAUGAGGUUACAGGUGGCCUUUUCCAUCAAUUCGAUUGCCCGGAGUUUGACACCCGUACCAUGGCCGGAGUUGUUGCCGAAGAGUUGGCUUCGCGCGGCAACUUUGAGAUGGCGGUGCGUCUUUACGAGAUGGCUGGCAGGUAUAAUCUUGCCCUGAAGCACUUGUCCAUUCUGCUGGCCCAAGUGGUUCAGCUGCCCACCGUGGAGGGAUCGUUGCGGGCACGGCUGGAGCCAGAGGCGGAACGCUUUAGCCGGCUCUUGGCCAGCGAUAGCAUCGAAGUGGAGCCAAAGAUGAGGUGCAGCUUUGUGCUGCUAAAGGAUCUGCUCAUUUUCUUCAACUAUUUUCACGAGGGUAUACUCGAUGCUGCCUUGGAACAGCUGCAGCGCACCCGACUGAUGCCCAGCACAAGCGACGACGUGGAGCUCUGUCUGGCCAAUGUGAAGCGCCUCAGCGGUGAGGUGAUCAAGGUGGUGCCCGACGUAAUUGUGGCAGCCAUGGAGAUUACCCACAAACAGUACAAAAAGUUGAAGGCGGACGGAAACGUUGGCGCUCUGGAACAGCGUGAGGUGCAGUCGCUGCGGGAGCGGGCCAAGGCACUGUCCAACAUGGCCGCAACAAUGCCGUAUCGUCUGCCGUACGACACCAACCGGCGGCUGAUGCAGCUGGAACUGGUGAUGCACUGAAUAAAGGUAUUUUAAGCUCUGAA